AUUUCCUUCGCGAUACACAGCAAAAUAGAGAGGAGACAACGUACAAAUUCCAACGAACUCAACAAGCUUUUCACUAACAUUCUAUGAGCCAUUUCUCAAUCAUUUGUGGUGAAGCGCUUCCAUUUUCUCAUUGAUGCAACGCAGUACGAUCGAGAUUCACAAUUCCAUUUGAGUGGUUUUCCUUUUGGACCUUUAACAUGCCACUGAACAUCACGAAUGGUAAGACUCCAGUGACGCAAAUUCUUCAACUCUCCUCCUCCGUGUUGUAUUUUCUGUUUCGAGGAAAUGUGUAUCGUCCAACCCCUUUUCUAGUACGAGCAUUCCGAUUUGACGGCCUCAUUGCGUUGGGAUGUUCGUACUAUCUUCUUCAUCUCCUUCGAGUUGUGGAAGUGAUUGUGGGGAGCAACCAAUACGCGUCUGUUCUACUCACCCUCUUCUGUUUUCUGCUUCCCGUGAAGUAUGCCCUGAUUCACUUUAGCGUUGGCUCCAACGGCUUCUUUUUCCUAACUGCUGGAUUGACAGCAUACUAUAUGCGUACCAUUCCUCCAAGCCGACUGGACAGUAUUCCGAUCAUGAACGGCAUUUCGAUUUCUUCCAAGCUCUUCUGUCUGUUCAUUCUCCUUCUGAGCACACUUGGCUCUCGCUACGCGUUUUUGGAGGCUGUUUUGUCGUAUGGAAUCGUGUUUUUCAUUUUCCCUCGCUUUUUGAACCCCGUUCCGCUCAUCCGAUGUCCUACGAAGCUCACUCGGCUGCUGUCUGAGAUGUUCGAAGAACCGACCACUAUGCACAUUCGUCGUGAUGGUCAGUAUGGAAUGCAUCCGAGGCAGAGUGUGCAGAAUCAGGGAGCCGUAGAGGCGAACGAGGAAUUGGUGAAGGAAUUGAUCGUUUUUGUCUGA